UUUGGAUUGUCCUUGUUUAUAAGGAGCAAGUUGUUUUGUUUUAUGGUAAAGUGGAUUUUUUAAAGAUCAUUUCGAGGCUUUUAUAGAUACUUUUAGAGUUUGUUUCUCUACCUUUCUGGCACUUCAAAGGUGAGAGUGAGAGAAGUGGGACAGUCAGAGCAAUGGGAGGAGCUGCAGGGUUCACCAUGUAUGGAAUCCAGCUCUGUUCACAUGGUAAAUAGAGGGUCACAUGGGGCCAUAGUCUUGCACAGUGGGGGGAAACGGGAGGGAAAGGAACAAGGAGAGAGUGAAGAGAUACUCUGCAGGACUUUGGCCUGCCUCAUGUGCAAGAGGCAGCACUUUCAACCUGAGUUUAGAGGACACUAGAUCCCACUACAAAGAGGAAUGAACAAAAGAUUUAAGAGUGCCAUGUUGAGGUCAAACUAAAACUUUGCCUCUACUGGGCCUGGAUUUGACUUCCUUUGGAUACUUUCCUUCUUCCCUGUGGGGGUGAAACAACUAAUGCAAUUUUGGUUGAUGUAACUGAACACCCCUUACACACUUUAUUCCAUACGAUUGAAGAGCCAAAAUGCCCAUCAACUUUACAAUAGUACCAGUCGAGGAUGCAGAGGGUGACGGCAAUAGUGCGGCUGCAGCUGGAAGCAGCAAACCUGUCAGUUUGGGCAACAUGUUUGCGAAGGAAGAUGACGAAGACAACUUACAAGGACCUCACUCGGGUGAUAACAGUCAAAAAGAGUCCACUCCCUUCAUCAACUCAGAUGAUGACGGAGAACAAUAUUAUGAUGGAAAGAACAUGGCCCUGUUUGAGGAGGAAAUGGAGAGUAAUCCCAUGGUAUCAUCUCUUCUCAGCAGGCUGGCCAACUACACCAACCUGACCCAGGGUGUUCGGGAGCACGAGGAGUACGAUAACGAGGAUGGGGUCAGGAGGGUCGCGGUCACGGUCCCUCAAAUGGGAACCUUCAUUGGAGUUUACCUGCCCUGCAUGCAGAACAUCCUGGGUGUGAUUCUCUUUCUGCGUCUCACCUGGAUCGUAGGCACCGCAGGAAUUCUAGGAUCCUUCGCCAUCGUCUCCAUGUGCUGUAUCUGUACCUUGCUUACGGCCAUAUCAAUGAGCGCCAUAGCAACCAAUGGAGUUGUCCCAGCCGGUGGCUCGUACUAUAUGAUCUCCAGAUCGUUGGGUCCGGAGUUUGGAGGGGCUGUGGGUCUCUGUUUCUAUCUGGGAACCACCUUCGCUGGAUCUAUGUACAUACUGGGCACCAUAGAGAUUCUGCUGACAUACAUUAUUCCAACAGCAACGGUGUUUAAAGAGGGCGAAAGUGCAGCGAUGUCCAACAACAUGCGUGUCUACGGCACGUGCUGCCUGCUCCUCAUGGCUCUGGUAGUGUUUGUCGGAGUGAAGUAUGUGAACAAACUGGCCCUGGUGUUUCUGGCCUGUGUCGUUCUUUCCAUCAUGGCCACUUAUGCAGGAGUCAUCAAGACAUUAAUCGAACCACCAGAGUUCAACGUCUGUCUGCUUGGAAACCGAUCUCUGAAGAACGAAAUGAUUGAAACAUGCGCCAAGACAGAGGUUAUUAAAAACAUCACGGUGAUCACUGAGGUGUGGAGCCUCUUCUGUGACAGUGAAUAUUCAAACGCGACCUGUGACGAAUACUUCACCUUAAACAACCUGACGGAGCUACGGGCCAUACCCGGGCUCCUGAGCGGAGUCAUUAAAGACAACCUGUGGGGCGACUAUGGGCCAGCUGGUACGUACAUAGAGAAGAAAAGCCAGCCUUCCAUAGAGGAAACCCAGGACACCACCGAUGAUGUGUAUAAGCCCUACGUCUUCAAUGACAUCAGCACCUACUUCACUCUGCUGGUGGGAAUAUACUUCCCCUCUGUGACAGGUAUAAUGGCUGGUUCUAACCGGUCUGGUGAUCUCAGAGAUGCUCAGAGGUCCAUCCCAAUCGGAACCAUUAUGGCUAUUCUCACCACCUCUUUCAUCUACAUCUCCUGUGUGGUCUUGUUUGGAGCCUGUAUUGAAGGAGUGGUGCUGAGAGACAAGUUUGGUUACUCCGUAAAGAAGAACCCAGUGAUUGGCAUUCUGGCCUGGCCGUCACCCUGGGUGAUUGUGAUUGGCUCGUUUUUCUCCUGCUGUGGGGCGGGGCUUCAGAGCCUCACCGGCGCCCCCCGUCUGCUGCAGGCCAUCGCUCGGGACGGCAUCAUCCCGUUCUUACAGGUCUUUGGUCAUGGGAAGGCUAAUGGGGAGCCCACCUGGGCUCUGCUGCUGACCGUUGGGAUCUGUGAGAUAGGAAUCCUCAUCGCCUCUCUGGAUGCUGUGGCCCCCAUCCUCUCCAUGUUCUUCCUAAUGUGCUACCUGUUUGUGAACCUGGCCUGUGCUGUUCAGACUUUGCUCCGGACCCCCAACUGGAGACCUCGCUUCAAGUUCUAUCACUGGAGCCUGUCAUUCUUAGGGAUGAGUCUGUGUCUCUCCCUCAUGUUCAUCUCCUCCUGGUACUACGCCCUGGUUGCCAUGGUGAUAGCCGGCUGUAUCUAUAAGUACAUUGAGUACAGAGGGGCGGUGAAGGAAUGGGGGGACGGGAUCAGAGGUCUGUCCUUGAAUGCAGCGCGAUACGCUCUCAUCCGUCUAGAGGAAGUACCACUACACACCAAAAAUUGGAGGCCCCAGCUGUUGGUGUUGUGUAAGUUGGAUUCCGACCUGACGGUGAAGCACCCUCGUCUUAUGUCCUUCACCACGCAGCUCAAAGCUGGAAAAGGACUGACCAUCGUGUGCUCGGUGCUGAAGGGAACCUUCAUGACCCGGGGGAACGAUGCCAAGACUGGAGAGCAGAACCUGAAAGCAACGAUGGCUGUGGAGAAGAUGAAGGGUUUCUCCCAUGUGGUGGUGUCGUCCAACCUGAGAGACGGUUUCUCCCUUCUCAUCCAGUCAGCCGGCCUGGGAGGAAUGAAACACAACGCUGUGCUGAUGGCCUGGCCCACAGGCUGGACACAAGCCCGGGACCCCUCUGCAAGGAGGAACUUCAUAGAAACUGUAAGAGAGACCACGUCAGCUCAUCUGGCUCUGAUGGUUGCCAAGAACAUCGACCAUUUCCCUAACAACCAGGAGCGUCUGGAGGAGGGAACCAUUGAUGUGUGGUGGAUCGUUCAUGACGGAGGACUCCUCAUGCUGCUGCCAUUUUUACUCAGUCAACACAAGGUAUGGAGGAAGUGUAAAAUGCGUAUUUUCACAGUGGCCCAGAUGGACGACAACUCCAUCCAGAUGAAAAAAGACCUCCAGAUGUUUCUCUACCACCUACGCCUGGAUGCAGAGGUGGAGGUGGUGGAAUUGCAUGACAGUGACAUCUCCGCUUUCACCUAUGAGAAGACGCUGGUGAUGGAGCAGCGGUCUCAGAUGCUGAAACAGAUGCAGCUGUCCCGCACUGAGAGGGAGAGGGAGAUUCAGAGCAUCACAGAUGUAUCACGCGGCUCCAUAAAGAGGAAGAAGUCUCCAGGUGUGCCUUCCCUCAUCACCCAGUGCAUACCUGAGGAUGAGGCCCAGUUGAUCCACGACCGCAACACAGCGUCUCAUGCUGCAAUGAACGACAAACCUGCAGGUGCCCCCCCAGAUCGGGUCCACAUGACCUGGACCAAAGACAAACUGAUCAACGAGAGGAACAGACAACGAGAGACCAUGGGAGUUAAGGACAUGUUCAACAUGAAACCCAACCAGUCCAACGUACGGAGGAUGCACACAGCUGUGAAGCUGAACGGCGUGGUGCUCAAGAAAUCCAAAGAUUCCCAGCUGGUGUUGCUAAACAUGCCGGGCCCCCCGAAGAACAAGAAAGGGGACGAGAACUAUAUGGAGUUUCUGGAGGUCCUGAUGGACGGCCUAGACCGUGUCCUGUUGGUUCGUGGAGGCGGUCGGGAAGUCAUUACCAUCUACUCCUAGCACCCAGCUGUUCCUCAUUGUUUGAAAGGAAUGUAUGGACAGUAAGGUCCCAGAAGGAUCAAUGGGAAAUGGACAAAGAUGUCGGACAAAGGAAGGACAGUCCAUUCCUUCACAGGGCAGAAAAGGAGGACCAUGGUCGGUGGGAAGAACAGGGGAGUGCACAGCCUGAUCUCAGUUAAUCGUCCGGGGGCACAGCCGGCUUGCUACUCCCCCUUCUCUUGGGGCUACAACAUAUUAUACACUCUAAAAGUGACAACUGUGGGGUGGACCUUCCUUCUCUGAAAAACUGUUUUGUGGACGAGCUGUCAUUUUUCAUAAUCUUUUUGCAUUUCUCUGAUUGUGGUAGCUGGUUAGAACGAAUGAUGCUAACGUAGCUAACAUACAGUAGUGCCUUUAUUUCAAUGCUGUCGAUGAAACCUUUUAGUGAUCCCUGACAUUUUUUUAAGCCAUUUUUACCGGAUACAAUGUUUGCCUCAAAUCACUGUUUCAGAAGUGUAAGCCCUUGAUUACUAUCAGGACAGUUUAAGGGCAAAUGUGGCGUUUUGAUUGUAAUCCAGGGAUUGUCUUGUCAACUGUUUGUGUUGUCACAGAAAACAUUAGUGUGUAAAAGGAUGAGAUAGUUUAGAUAGCAUUUAAGUUGAGUUAAUGUGUAUUUUAUUGACUUGUUGUAUUGGAGCAACAUUUUUAGGUCCAUAUGUAGGUUCAUGACAAUAUAGGAUGCAUUGAUGAGGGAGUUUUAUUAGGUUUUAUUAUUCUUUUUAAAUAUAAGUCUGGAAGUCUCAUUUUGCAGCUUUGUGCAGUUUGCUCUUUUUGUGUCUGAUACACUUACAGCCAGUCAUGGAAUGCCUGUGAGAGAAACCGUACAUUAUGGUAUAAUAUCUCCGUCUGUCUCUGCUGUUGGUGUUUUGGUUAAAACAUACACCUUCAGAUUGUAAAAGAAUAUGGCAGGAGGAAGUCUAGCUGAGAAUAAAAUGUCAAAUGUCUGGCUGUGAAAACCCUGAAGACAGCAAUUUCCCUGUAACAGCAUGAGGCAACUGAGCUUUGCAUAUUGGGCUGUAUUUGCAAUGAACAAAAAAUAGCAUAGCAAAAACAUUACAAAGAAAGAGGGCAAUUUUGCGCCAAAUGCAUAUUAUCACAUUUAAAUAAGUGCCAAUAGCACAGGACAUAAAUUGGCCUCAGUCUUUUGUCUGCAUAAAACAGGGGCACCAAUGUGAUUUGUUGUUUCCUGUAAAAAAUAUCAAAAAAAGUUGUUGAUUUGUACUCAACACGCAGUCCGCUGUCUUUAAUGACAUUUUAUGUAGGCCUAUAGUCAUAUUUAUUUCAUUCCAGAUUUAAAAUAACAAGUCAAGUUCUUAAAGUUUCUGUGUGUUGUAAAGUUUUUAUUUUCAAGUAUAGGGUCACCACUAUGAUAAGGUUGGAUUUCAUUCAGAGCUUAAACAAGUGCACAGUUGUCUUUGUGAUUAAAGGCCGAGAUAAAUAAGAAUAUUUCUUCAUUAAUACAAGGUCACUGUAUUCUCAGAAGUCAACAAUUACUUUUAUUGUGGGUGUUGUGAAAAGUAUUUUCUGCAUGUCUUAAUGUGAGUAAUACUUUUAGUUUUUUCUAGUUGAGUUAAUUUCUGUAUGUGUAGAAAUAACUCUUUGAAUCAUACCCCUGGUCAUUUUACCAGAUAUGAGAUUCUGGAUUCUUCCAUUGAUUAUUUAGCAAAUUAACAGCAUCAACAAUAAACUAAAAUGUACAUAUUUAACAUAGUUGUAAUGUCCUCUAUGGACAGAUUUUUCCAUACUGAGAGUUUUGGUCCAAACUUAGGAACAAUUUGAGUCUAUAAAAAAUGUCCCACAUAAUGGGCUGGCCCACAGUCAGAAGUGUUUCUCCAGACUUGGAUGGAAACUCCCAUAACAUGAAAUGAAACAUCUAUGGACAUACAAAAGGCAGGAAACAUCAAAGCAGGAAGUCCGUAUUCAAGGAAAAUAAAAAAGGAAAUGAAGCUGACUUGUUACUCAGAUGUUGAUCGCUGUGAUAUCUCUGAUUGCCCUCAUCUCAUGAGGGCAAUCAGAGGCACUUCAGGCACACACUUUCUUAUUUUUGAGUGUCGGCUAUUUUGCUUCCAUAACAUGUAGACUAGCAGAAAGAAAACACAUAAAAUACUUAUCAAAGUGUUUAUUUUAUCAUACUUUUUCUAUUUGUGGAUGGAAUUUUUCCAAAAUUUACCAAAACAAGCACAUAUUCAAUGUGGCCGCUCAUUUGCAUAUUUGAACAUUACAUCAGCAAACUUUUUUUUUAAAUGUAAAGGUGACAUUUAGAGAUCUCUUUUAACCCAAUUCACCUGUAGUGUUUUGUCUAAACAUUGUAUCGGUUUCAUUAACUUAACUUUGGUUAAAUGUGUAAUUAAAUCUCAUUAAACACCAUU